AUGAAGUAUCGUCGCCUCCAAGGACAAAUUGUGGAGGUGAAAGAUGGUGAUUCCAGUGGCAUCGUACCUACGGUACGUACUCCGUUGUUGAGUGUGUUGCAGGAUAAUCCUCCUGAUCACUCUGAUCCCUUGAAACGAGGGUUACCAUUCCAACCACGCUCAUAUCGUGACUUCAUGCUUUUCGAGAACCAUUACUCUGCAUCACUCGCAGGCUUCACUCAGAUUCAUCGUCCGGUGAUUAGUUGGAUUGCGGCGGCUUACACGGGCAUCACCGGCUGGCGGUAUCCUGGCUUCAAACCAGGCAUACUAUGGAGCCAGCAGCCAAUCUUUUACCAGUCCAAUCAUCUGGCCUUCUAUGCCGAUGAAGCUCCGAUACAAUAUCCGAAAUAUUGCAAAUAUCUGGAUCUAGAGCUUGAGCUGGGUGUACUGCUCGGUGGCCACCUCUUCAACGCCACAGCCGAAGAAGCCAAAUCUGCGAUAGCAGGCUUUUGCGUUUUUAAUGACUUCUCUGUGCGUAACGUACAAGUUGCGGAGAUGAACAGUGGCUUCGGACCACAGCACUCGAAAUGCUUCGCUAACAGCGUAUCAUCCACUGUCGUCUCCGCAGACGAGAUCAUGCCCAGAAUCGAGAGACUCACUGGCCGCGUCAUUAUCAAUGGGCAAGUUGUCCAGGAGUGCAGUACUGAUCGGUGGCAAUUCACAGUAGCUGAGGCUAUUGCUCAUGUAUCACAAAGUACUCGACUCUACCCUGGAGAGUUUUUCGGCACAGGGACGUUUCCUCUGGGUGCUGGAAUUGAGCAUGCGAGAUUCCAAUUGAAGGUUGGAGAUGUUGUGCGACUGGAAAUUGACGGGAUAGGCAGCGUGACGAACAAGAUCAUAGCGGACGAGUGA